CAGGCUCUCCAUCCCACAACCCUAAGAUUGUGACCUGAGCUGAAAUCAAGAGUUGGCUGCUUAACCAACUGAGCCACCUGGGCUCCCCUUUACUUAAAUUAUUUUAGAAAUCUUUGUUGUAUCAGAAAAAUAUGUCAGACCUUUUAUUGGAAUUGUGUUAUGGGUAUAUUAAUUUGAGGAUCGUGGACAUGUUUUCAGUAUCCAUCUCCUUGUCUGGAACAUGGGAUUUCCUGAACGGUUCACACAUUGUUUAUCGAUUGUAUUUAGAUAUUUGAUGUUCAUUAUAAGUAGAACUUCUCCUUUAAAAAAUGUUUUUAAAGAGAAGUUUUUGCUGGUACAUGAGAGUGUGAGUGACCUGUUGAUGUUUACCUACUAUGUGGCUACUUAAUGCUUUCAGUUCUAAGAUUCAUGCUAUAGAAUCUUAGUUUUUAGAGGAUUUGCUGGCUUAGAUAUUUUUAGACAAGAGAGUAUAUAAUCUUAGCAUGUCAAAACUGAGCAGAAAAUAGCACUGUGACCUGCUUGGGCCUUUCAGAAACUGGUGCCAUCACCCAGAACACACUGGAGGUCCGUGCGGUCUAAGGAGGGUCUUCUGGUGCCCCCAAGACUGUGAUUCGUAGGAAUGUUUCCAUGAGCUCCACCUCAGGGGUGUGUGUCGUGGUGGUGACGUCACAAAGCAGCGCAAUGCUGUAGUGAGGAGAAGCUCCUGAGGUGACCGUGAAACUGCACCAGGAGCUGCUGUUUGGUGUGUGGUCGUGUCGUCGCGAGGAGGUCUUUUUAUGGUCUCUGUCCUCCAGGAAAAACAGCCUGGGAUCCCGUCUAGAUGGAAGCGUUGCAGGUGGUGUUGACUAAGAUAACGCGAACUGGCCCUUCUGCUUGGGAAACCAAGAAGAUUCUGGCAGUUUCUUUUGCUCCUCUGAUCCAGCCCUGUCAUUCAGAGUCCGGAAAAUCAAGACUUGUCCAGUUACCACCACUGGCCGUGCGAAGCCUCCAGGACCUGGCUCGUAUCACCAUCCGGGGCACCAUUAAAAAGGUCAUCCGUCAGGAAACAGUGAGCAGCAGCGGAAAUGGACUGAAGAACACUCCCAGGGCCAAGCGAAGGAGAGUGCGCCGCCGUCGCAUGGAAACGAUUGUCUUUUUGGACAAAGAGGUAUUUGCCAGUCGGAUCUCCAGCCCCUCUGACGACAACAGUUGUGAGGACUUGGAAGAAGAACAACGAGAGGAGGACAGAGCCCCACCGGAAUCAAAGCCGGUCCCGCCAGUAAACUUCCUACGCGAGAAGGUCCUAAGCCUCCCUCUGCCAGAUCCCCUGAAAUACUACCUGCUCUAUUACCGAGAGAAGUAAGUCUGUGGGGACCAAACCAAGGCGGAGACCAAGCCUGAGCCCCACGCUCUCGCAGGAGUCGCCCGGGCACAUGCUGUGGGGAAGGAGAGCGUGGUCCUCUCCACCUUUCUGUGUUCAGUUUGUUCUUGGUUUUCCUCUAGAAUUCCAUUCAUUGGUAUCGUUUCAGUAAACAUAAUCUGACGAACAAAGUGCAUAGGAGAAUGUUUUCUCAAGAGGGAGAGAGUCUCCUGGAGAAGGGUGUUUGCUUUUUGCUCUGGUGAAACUCUGACAUCUGCACUCAGAGAUCCACCCAAGAGACACAUGUCUGCAUUACCCGUGAAGCAGUGAGGUUGAAAUUAACCUGUGUUGCUUAUAAAAUGUGAAAGAAAGCACAAGUUUGCAAGUGUGUAGUAUCUUUCCUGGGUGUGACACACCUGUGUCCACGUUAGAACUUUAUGGGAUCAACCUCUUAAUUACUGACACUGAGCUCCACUAACCCUUGUAGUUCUCUGGAGGGGGGAGCAUUAUUGAAAAGCUCUCCCUUAUUUUAAAUAAAUGUGAUUAAAUCUUAUGUGAGUUGUCGAUUGUAAUUUUAAAAGAGGGAAAUUGUGAUGGGGGAGGAGGAAUAAAAGUACCAAACUGCCAGAUGUCUCUCUGGAAUUCCAGAAUAAUUCCAGGAAUAUUUUCCUGACACCUUUUCUUACCUUUAGAAGAACGAAUGUCGGAUAAUCCCGUAGGAAAUACUCAAGAAUGAGACAAGUGUGUGUAAUAAGCCACGUUACUUUUACCCCAAGGGUAGGGAAGACUAUUGACCCAACCGUGAAUAUGCUAAAGGGUUUCUAAGGCCUGGAUGUGCUCGGUCCUCAGAACAGGUGGAAAGCAUUAAAACUGCGGGAAAUCCAGUGGGGACAAUGUUACAGACAGCCUGUGCUUUUUUUUUUAAACUUCAGUUGGCUAUUUUUCCGUAAUCACAUUAGAGUACUGAUUAAUAGAUUUUAUCUUUUGUAAUUCUGGAGAAAAAGACAUGUUAGUUUUCUAAUUCUUCUUACUAACAAAUAUAUGUAUUUUAGUAGCUCCAUUGCAUUAGAAUGAUGGUCUAACCGCCAGUGACUUGUGAAAUCUACCUUCUCCAGGCCCUUUGGGUUGAGCGCUCUCUGUCUUUACCAAGUUCUGGGCCUAGAAGAAAAGGCCAUCCUGUCGGAUGGCAGAAUGUCUUCAAGUUACGUUGGUCAUUCCAAAACACUGGUUCUUUUCAAACUUACUUUUUGUUCCCAAAGAAAAGAAUGGUAUGAAAUGUUAGCGAGAAACUCGAACUCAGAGUGCUGACGUUGGAUCAGUCAUCCAGAGUUUAUGACGAAUUUUAUCCCUUAGCCUCUUGGGUGUUGCUGAGCUUGAGUGGUCUUUGUGGUUUCACCAGCUGAACCGAGUUCUGGUAGUUUAUUUAUUUAUUUAAUUUCCUUCUUUCUUUUUAACCUUUUCUUCUUUUUUAAGUAACUGAAUCAUUUUUUUCACAGGAUACUGUGUGCAUGCAUAGCUGGGAAAACCUGUCUGUUGCCCUAGAUUUGAAAAUGUAAUCCUUUGUAAAGACAGUUACUUCACAGUCGUUCUUAACCUGGUUUUAACUGAAGGUCGAGCAUCUUUGGCUCAGAAGUGCAUGGUUUGUGUUUACUUGCGGUCACUUUGCAGUGCACACAUCUUUGCUGACAUCGUUCUAAUUGGUACAUAACAGUCUCUGCGAUACAUGGACGUUUGGAACAUAAUGUUAAAUACAUGGUAUUUGUGACAUCUGUUACACUAGGUGACUUGACUAAGUUGUUUAAUUGUAUGUGGGUUUUAUUUUUUUGAAACCACAUUUGCCUUUAUGCUAGACUGUAAUGCAUACGAUGUUUUUUCCUGUGUAUGUCAAACCUUUCCUAACAUUUGUGUUUGUAUUUACAUGUUGUCAGUUUGUGAUGUUUAAACCAGAAUUUGGUUGAAAGUAUAUAUAGAUGUAAUAUAUGUGAAAUAGUUUGGUGUUUAUCUUAUACACGUAGGGAAGAAUUGUAAGUGGGUUUUCCUGGGCUAAAGCGCCCCUCGCCAGAGUCCAGUAUGAUGCACACUACUGUCUGUUUCCUGACAGACGGGUUAUGUGUCGCCUGUAGCCUCCAUAUCGUAAACCACAUUCUAGACAACUGUUGACUUUUAUGUUUUGAGGGGUCUGUAUUUCUGUAUGUGAUUUUUGUCUUGAAAGUAGUAAAGCCAUAGACGUGUGCAAAGGAAAUAUCAAAUGUAUAAAUAUCAAGUAUGUAAUGUAAAAAUCAGCUGUGUAUGUAACAUUGCUUUUGCGAGUCUGGACCUUUCAGGGAAUUAAUGCCAGAAAUUUCAAACAAAAAUUGUAGUGAGUGGAUAUACGUUGGAUAAAUACAAAGGAUAUCAAUAAACAUAGUUAUGGCACUUGGGCCUUCUUGGCAUGGCUUGUGUUUCCUGUGUGGGAUUGAAAUUCUUGACUACAUAUUUUCCAAAAAUCUUUAAAAAUAAACUUUUUUAUUAUAAGC